AUGAGCCAACGCGAGGCUGACCGGAUCCUUUUCUUAAAAAGCCGAGAGAGAGAAUCCCGCGCGUGUUAUCCUUGUCGGAAGCGUAAAGUCAAAUGUGAUGGAAAGCAGCCCUGCCAGACAUGCCAGAAGCGAAAACACCCGCAAAUCUGCGAUUUCGACAUUCCGCACUCCAGACGCAGGUCGGUAUCCCGUCAGCCAGCUCGUUCGGCAUCACCUGUACGCCAACCGGUGAUCGAGGAUGAACCUCCAGCUCAAAAUGAUAGUUCUAAAAACUAUGUAUACUCUGGAGAUAAUUCCGUGGUGUCGAUUUUGCGCCUGCGAGCGUCGGAUGCUAAUUCGAUGGCGCACGACGUCGGCUCCGUUUUGGGUCUCCAGAACACUUUCGACAGCUAUCCAUUCAUGGACUCCAAGACUCCUACUGAGAAAUGGAAAUCCUUACUGGGGAUAUUGCCGCAGCGAUCAGAGAUUCUAAAGUAUGAUGUCUACAAAUUCUUUCAUUACUACCAAGUGACGGCAUACCCGUAUAAUCCAAUUCUGGCAGAUAUGGAUCGGUUUGAAGCUGAUCUAUGCACCUAUUUGAACGCACAUGCUCUGGGGGAAUUCAAAGACCCAGGGAAGAUCUCGGAUCGAUGGGCAACUGAAAAAUCUAUUGGUCAUAUUAGUCUUUUACUGGCUACUUUAGCCUCAGGAGCUCAUUAUUCCGACCUUGAAUACUCACAAAGGUCGGAGCUCGCCAUGGACUUUACCCGCCGCUCAUUCCAUGCUCUCCGUCUCGCAAACUUCCUUUUCCGGCCGUCUUUGGAUGUAAUUCAAGCGCUUCUCAUAAUCGGAAAUACAUUGCAGAAUAUGGCCCAGUCGGACGCUGCAUGGGCAUUGCUUGGCUCGACAGUGCGACUGGCUCAAACUAUGGGACUGCACACUGAAAAAAGUACUAGCUACUGGCCCGAGUAUCUACGAGCAAAGGCGAAAAAACUUUGGUCGACUAUCGUAUGGCAAGACAGCCUCCUCUGUCUCUGUUAUGACCGCCCACCCAUUGUUUCUGUCGUUGGGUGGCCACUCGAUCAGACAAUGUUGGAGCGAACCGACUUGACCUACCCAGAGACGAUGCAUUUUCUUUGUCGCCUGGGUCUGGACAUGAUGCGACCGGGGGGCCAAACGGAAGUGGACAGAGCGAUUGACAGCCUUCAGAAAUUGGACAGUGUUGGCCAACGAAGCCAAAAGUAUUUGCGAAAUCGGGAAAGCUGUAUGACUUUCCAACAGAACCUUGAGCAUCUAGCACUCAGGAUGCAUACAAACUUUUGUAUAUCUGUGGCUUGCCGACCAGCGAUGAAGCAACAGCCCCAGCCUCUCUACCCACAGGCUGACUUUCUCCGGAUGCGCGCCAAGGGAGGCUUGAUCGAUGCAUCCAAGGCAUUCCUUGACUUCCAGGCCCUCAGUGUCGUGCCUUUGCGAAGCUGGUCUAUGGUUCAUACGGUUCUUAGCUCCACACUUCUUCUCUGCAUAUGGGAAGAGACACGCAAUGACCCCGAAUGCCGCAGGCUCCAGCAAAGGGUGAUUGACGUAUUUUCGUCGUCAAAUGCAAAAACAGCAGAAGGAACUCCCUGCGACGGCGACGAGUGGUUAUCUGCUCGUCAUAUCCGAGCCCUGGUUACCCUCCGAAGUACUUUGGAUCGAGAGGGCGAUAGGAGUUCAAUCCAACCUGAUCAAGGUAUAGGUUUUGAGACUGGUAUCCCGCCGAGCAAUCCAGAUGGCUAUGGCUAUAUGCCAGAUAUGGACCCGUUUGGAAUUUCACCGGUAACAUAUUUAGACUCCAUUAUGAACGGCAUGUCUUCUAUCCUUACCUCAAGUGUCGAUGCUAAUUUCAAUAGUCCCUUUGUUCGAUUUUACACAAGAAAAUGGGUUCCUAUGAGUGGAGGUCAGGACUCAAUUAUUGCCACUCGGAUGCCGGCGGGUACAACCAAUAUUGGGUUCACCGUCUCCACAAGAGCAAAGUAUGAUUGCUCGGGACUCGGAUCUCGGGAUCUCGGUUUUGGCAACAACCUUAAGCUGCCCGAGUCGGUCGGGACGAACGGCUUCUACGAUUCACCUCCGAAUCGAAAAUGCUGCUAUUUAAUGAACGGUUGGACCUUAUAA